CCCCCCGGCUAGCUAUCUGAGCCGAAGCUAAUAUUUUUUUAAGGCACUUUAUGUCACCAUGGGCCAAACUAAACAGGAUUAUGGAUACAAUUUAUUCCCGGAGGGAAAUACGGGAAGCUAUAAGAAGAGUUCUGUCACAGAAAACCCGUAUACCUGUCAUAAGAAGUGUGAGAGCAUGUUACACUUUGCAUUGGAAACUAGUCCAUAUGCUAAGCUUCUUCUUGGUGCCAUGAAAAACUCAGGAUGCCAAGUAUUUGCUGAGAGACAUAUUUCCUGUGAAGAUUGUGAUGGCACCGUCAAUGGCGGGUUUGAUGCAGCAACUUCUCAAAUUGUCUUGUGUCAGAACAACAUCAGCCAACAGUCACACAUGAACCGGGUGGUCACACACGAACUUAUACAUGCCUUCGAUCAUUGUCGGGCUCACGUGGACUGGUUCAACAAUUUCAGACAUCUAGCAUGUUCUGAGAUUCGAGCGGCUAACCUCAGUGGAGACUGCUCCUUCAGCAACGAAGUUGCCAGAUUGAACUUUGGCCUGAAGCGGCAUCAUCAGGUGUGCGUCCGAAACCGUGCCCUCCGCUCCAUCCUGGCGGUGAGGAAAGUGAGCCAAGAAGAGGCUGAGAAAAUCGUCGACCAGGUCUUUGACACAUGCUUCAACGACCACACCCCUUUCGGUCGAAUCCCUCAUGGCAAGAGGGACGCCAAGUUUGCACAUAGAGAUUACGAGAACAGAGACAGAUACCAUGCAAAUCUUUAACGAUG